UAUUUUACUUUCGACGAAAACGGAACAACGGUGCGGAUUGUUUUGGUUUUUCCCUUUUAUUUUUAUAUUAUUAAACAAAAAGAAAAGGGGAAAACUAAUAAUUCGGAAAAGUUGAGUUGCAAAAACGUCAAUGUGUUCGCUCGCGUGUGUAUAUAGAGAUUGGAACAUCGGAUGUCUGUCAUGACGAUUUGCCAAAAAAUAAGAAUUCAUCUAUAAGGACAGGUUGGUCGGUCGGUCGGUUGUCUUCGCCGUUGCAGCGCGAAUGUGGUGUAUGUGCUAUAACAAAUGUUUGCGAAUGGUUUUCUUUCCGUGAAAAAUACCAUGAAUCAAAAAGGGGAAUAGUGAAAAUAAAACACAAGCAAAUGUAGUGUAUAUUUGCCUUAAGAUUUGAGAGAAAAUUAUACAAAAAUUCGGGAAAAGAGCAGAGCAAUAAGAUAUACUAAAACAGAUACAUGUUUAAAAAAGCAUAACAAAUGUUUAAAAAAUAAUGAAAAAAUCGAUCCAACAAAUUGUAAGGAAAAAAACAACAUAACAAAUGCAGGUAAACUGGUUUUGCUGCUGACGUCGCCGCGGUCGUGUCCAUUGCGCCCCCGUUUUCGCUGCCAACGUCGUUGCUUCUUCGUCGCCGUGGAUUUCGUACAACCAACAACUCCCCAACAAAACAAGUGAGAAAUAGAAAGCAACAACAACACACAAAGCCAUCAGUAUUGAGCGAAUGAAGAAGAGUGUGGAUAUGGUCAUGUAAAAAAAAUAGUAAAUAAAAAAUAAUAAAGUAAAAGAAAGAAAAGCAGGGCCCAGAACGUAUCUGCCCAACUGAAGAAAAAUUGAAAUCCUUGAAGAUUUUAAACAAAUUACCAAGAAAUGAUUAAAGAAGUGGUAUAGUUUGAAUGUGUACGGCAAUAAUCUACAUAAUUCUCAACGAGUGGUGAUUAAAAAUUGAUGAGAUUAUAGAAGAGAAUAUGAGAAAAAGUAUGCGUGCUAAGAAGAGAAAUAACGAAAAUCAUUAAAAGAAAAGUGGAAAAGUGUGUGUUGUUGUUGUCGUUUUCUCCAUCAUCAAAAUAGGCAGACAGCCAGCCCCAAUCGUCUACCGUCACCUACUCGUCGAGAAAUUUAAUUUUACAUUUAAAGAAAUCUAACAUAAAUUUUGGCCAAGGUUUUCGAAGCUCGAAGAGACUACGACGACUCACCCAGUAUGUUUGAGUUCCCAUUGUGUGUGUUACAAUUUAAUGUGUUUUGUGCUUUAAUGACAAGUGUUUAAAUAUACAUCUAAAAGGGCAACAUUAGGGUGAAACAAAGUUUUGGUGGGUUUUGUUUGAGGGCCCAACGCAAAGCAGAGAAACCCACACCUUCCAAGUCACGAAAUGUCGACAACUUCAUCCAUUGAAACUCCGACUUCGCCAAUUGGUCCCUUGCAACAUCAGCCUCAGCAACACCAUCAACAACGUCAACAUCAUCACCAUCAUCAGCACACCACCACAGCCAUAGUGGUCAGCGCUGGCGCUGGUCCCCACAACAAUCCCUAUACGCAAACAACUACCACGACUGCCACUAAUAAUAGCGGCCAGCAUAAUAAACGUUCCCAUUCCACAUCAUCGUCCACAGGGUCCUCAAAUAACGGCUGCUCGUCUUUCAACCAACAUCAUUAUCAGCAUUCAACAAUGAUGUCUAAUGCUGCCAGCAAUCAUAACUACAACAAUAAUCAAAAACAACAACAGCAGCAGGAUCGUUAUCAUAAUAAAAAUCAAUCAACUCAUUCGCUGCUAACACCAUCUUCCUCGACCUCCUCGUCGCCGUCCGUUUCGGCAUCGGCUUCCACAGCAGCAGCAGUGGCUGUACACCAUCAGCCUCCUGCCUAUUGCUCCUCCGCUCAAUCGUCAAGCACAGUAGGAGGUGGAGGUGGUGGUGGUGUUGGCAAUAUGACCCAGAAGCAACAUCAUCAUCAUAACAAUUCCUCAUCAGCCUCAUCGUCUUCAGCAGCCUCAUAUUCGCAACAUCAUCAUCAUAAUCAUCAGCAACAUUCGUCACACUCGCAACAUCAUCAGCAUCAACACCAACCACAACAGCAAUCACAUCACAUGCAAUUUGCAAGGCCAUCUACGUCAAUGUCAGCUCCUUGCACUGCCGCCACCUCGUUGAAUUCCCAGAAUAGCUCUUCUUGCACACCAUGCAGCAUCAAACGUCACACCACCGAUGUUUCGGUUUGUUCUUCGUCGUCCUCGUCUUGCUGCUCUUCGGCCAGUUCCAAUUCGAUGUCGGCCGCUGCAGCAACCGCAUCGGCCGCAGCAGCAGGUGUGAAUGCAGUAGGCCAAGGCAAUUUAUCAGGGAUGGGAGGUGGCAAUGCUGGCGGUGGUGGUGGAGGUGUUGGUGUAGCCAGUGCCAAUAUUGUAACUCCGGCCGUGAUUACGCAAAAAUCGCGUACUAUACCCUCGGACAAGAUAAACUUACGUUUAAUAUUAGUGAGCGGCAAAACAAAAGAAUUCCUAUUUAAUCCAACAGAUUCAGCUGGUGAUAUUGCACAAACAGUAUUCGAUAAUUGGCCUGAAGAUUGGGAGCGAGAAGCUGUUUCAAAGGCCGAAAUUUUGCGACUUAUUUACCAAGGUAGAUUUUUACAUUGUAACGUAACAUUGGGUGCAUUGGGCUUGCCGCUGGGCAAGACGACUGUUAUGCAUUUAGUACCGCGUGAUAAUUUACCAGAACCCAAUUCACAAGAUCAAAGACAAAAAAGUAAAGGUGGUUCCAGUAGAUGCUGUUCAACGACUUGCUGUAUUUUGUAACUAAAUUAUUAUAGACAUUAGAGUUUAGUAUCUAUGAAUUAAAUAUUAUUACUAUAUUAUUAUUAUUAUUAUUGCUAUUAUAAAUGAAUGAUGAUAUACAAAUUAAUUGAAUUAAAUUAUAAUGAUAACACUUACAUAUUUAAUAAAAUAAAAAAAAAAAACAAAGUAUAAUUAUAAUUACGAUAAUGAUAACACAUAAAAAUAAUAAAAAGCUUAUAAUAACAACACAUUGAUAAAUAAUAAAUUAAUAAUAAACUAACAUAACAAGAACAUUUUAUAAUUUAAUGAUAACUAAAGAACACAACUAUAAAAUUAAAAUAAUAAUAAUAAAAAAAAAAAAACAAAACAAAACAAAAACCUCAAAAGCAACAGCCAGAAAAAAAAUAUGUAAUUUAAUAAUUUCAAUAUAUACAUACAUACAUAUGUCAGUGGAUAUUAAAUCAAUAAACAACAAUAAAAAGCAUAUUUUAGCAAAGCCAUUGGAUGAUGACAGCAACACACAUAAACCCAAUCACACACAGCAACAAAGUCAUAUUCCACAGCUGGGAGUUGUUGAAUAGAUUCUUAAUAGAUUUCUCAGCUAGUUAAGUAUUCGCUUAUCUUCGAAAUCAGCUGACAGGUUUUACUAAAUUGACGCUACUUUUACUUGAGCAGAAUCAGGCCUUAACUAAAAAUAGGCAUUCGUAAGCACUUAUAAAAGACUUCGAUAUGAGGAACUUUAUCUCUCUAUAAGUAAUACAAGGCAAUUCGACAUUACAUUGUCAUAUAGAAGAGCUAUCGAUAACUGCCGAUAACUCACAGUUUGCACUACAUUAAAUUAAAACCUAUCUAAAAUUGUCAAUGCUGCGUUGGCUAAAAACUAGACUAACCGAUCUUGAAAAACAGUAAUACACCUACACACAUUGAAGAAAAAUACUUUUUCUAUACAUAUAAAGAAGAUAUAUUAAAUUCAUACUAGUAAUGUUGAACAUUUUUCAUGUUUUCUCACUUCCAUUACAAUUUUUAUUUGUUUUUCUUUUAAGACGAGCUCAACGAUCAGUGAUAGUCUUUGCAAAUGGAAGCCAUCAAUACAACUUCCAACAGAUGUACAGAAUCAUGUGCAUACCAUGGAAGUAAUGUAAUUGUUGCAGACAAAAAAUCUGUCAUUACACGAAAACACAUUGGGAAAAGUACAGCUAAUAGACAGGUUUGUCGAGUGUGCCAUACCAACGUACGGACCUUGAAGUAGUCACACCUAAUAUGGUUGAAAAGUCUUCUAACCAAAGACGAAACGCGUCCCAUAGUGGUUUAUGUAUGUUGCGAUCCAUGGCUUCCCUUUUUCAUUUGCAAAGAAAAUGGAUUAACAAACUAAAAUUUUAAUGUUUUUUUUCCUACAGCAGGUACGGUGUCACAAAGAUCAAGACAAGCUUAAUACAAACUUAUCAUCAUUUUCUAAUUCAACAGGUCUGCAUACUUUGGCUAGAGUUACAUGCUCCUACUUUCUGCCCCACAUUACAAUUGUUAACGGGUAGUACGCUCUCAGGCAUUCGGAUUUAUUUCCACAACUUGAUGAUGAGUGGAGAAAUCAUAAAAACUCUUUUCACACUAUGAUUUAGGCAUGUCCGUCCGUCUGUCUGUUGAAAUCACGCUACAGUCUUUAAAAAUAGAGAGAUUGAGCUGAAAUUUUGCAGAGAUUCUUUUUUUGUCCAAAAGCAGCUUAAGUUCGAAGAUGGACUAUAUCGGACUAUAUCUAUACCAUAUAGACCGAUCCGCCGAUUUAGGAUCUUUGGCCCAUAAAAGCCACAUUUAUUAUCCGAUUUUUCUGAAAUGUGGGACAGUGAGUUGUUUUAGCAUCUUCAACAUAUUUCUUUAAUUUGACCUAGAUGGGUCCAGAUUUGGAUAUAACUGUCUUAUAGACCUAUCCGCCGAUUAAGGGUCUUAGGCCCAUAAAAGCCAAAUUUAUUAUCCGAUUUUUGCUGAAAUUUGGGACAGUGAGUUGUGUUAGGCCCUUCAACAUAUUUCUUAAAUUUGGCCUAAAUUGGUCAAGAUUUG